AUGUCCAGUUACAAUAGUGAUGAUUCAACUCAUUCACUUGCUUCGAGUGACACCGUCCACGAAUCCGACUCAAAUGAGAAAACUGAUUUCGAAGCAGAAGAGGAAAGUUCAAUAGACUCUAAGGAUAGGAGAGACCCUUAUGUUGAUCCGCCUACACCUACACCGCUCCCGACUCCGGACCCCUACGACAAGGAUGAUAAUAAUGAUGAUAAUAAUGAUGAUGAAGUUGAGUCUCAGCCUCGUGUUGGUGGUGAAGUGGUUCCGGAUGCCGACCCGAAUGAAGCUGAUAAUGAAGGUGAUGACGAAGAAGAUGGUAGUGGUGAUGAGGAUGAUAGUGAUUGCUAA